AUGUUGACCUACUGGUCUAACAACGUUCAUGAGCUUAACAUCCCGGAAAAACGAUCACAAUUGCAGCGGCAGCUCUGGGCUGCAAAAGCAUCCGUGGCGUUCCUGCAAGAGACGCAUUUCAAGGGGGGAGAUGCACCUAAACUGGAGAAUCGGCGAUUCCCGUUGGGAUUUUACGCUAAUCACCAAACCGCCAAAAAAGCGGGGGUGGCUAUUCUCUUCGCCCAGACGACGCCUUUCCUUCAUUUGGCGUCCCAAUUGGACCUGAUGGGGAGAUACCUAUUCUUAAAGGGCACCAUAGCGGAUCAUGUGUAUACCUUCGCUUGCAUAUACUGCCCAAAUAGGGGCCAGCACACCUUCCUAUCCCGAACACUUGCCAAACUAGAGACAUUCCGGGAGGGCCUCCUGGUCCUUGGCGGCGACCUCAAUGUCCCGCUGGACCCCCGGCUGGACACUUCCAGGGGCAUGUCCGCGGUCCCGGCA